GCCUUCACUCGUCAAGAGACCCAAAUUGGCAGAAGCCUCCUCUCUCUCACACACACGCUCCAUCUUCCCGACCGCCCGCCCGCCAUGUGGAAGCGCGCCGCCUCCGCCCUCCUGCUCGCCCGCCGUUCCGCCCUCGCCGUUGCCGCCCACCGCGCCCCGUCGAUCUCGGCAUCCGCCGACGUUUCCCCCCUCCGCCGAGGGCCUGCCUUCUUCUCCACCCUCGAUGCGGGGCAGGUGAGGACGCGGGUGGAGGACGUGAUGCCGAUCGCCACGGGGCUCGAGCGCGAGGAGAUCGAGGCCGAGCUCCAGGGGAAGAAGAGGUUCGAUAUGGACGCUCCUGUCGGGCCAUUCGGCACCAAGGAAGCUCCUGCUGUUAUUCAGUCAUACUUUGACAAAAGGAUUGUUGGUUGCCCGGGUGGCGAAGGAGAGGAUGAGCAUGAUGUUUUAUGGUUUUGGUUGGAGAAAGGCAAGCCACAUGAGUGCCCAGUCUGCACUCAGUAUUUCAAGCUUGAGGUUAUAGGAGGAGGAGGAAACCCUGAUGGACACGACGAUGACGACGACCACUAUCAUCAUUGAGGUUGCAGAGGGCAUCAUAGAAAUGAAACACACUGGUGCCCAUGAGUUCUUUUUUUAAUCUUUACGGAAUGCUUUGAAGCUGUGGAUCGGAGAACCUCAGCUAUUUUUGCCUUAAGAUUGUCAAUGAGUUUGCUGCCCUCGCUUGUCAUGUCUUUGGAAAUAUAGUUUUUCUUUUCAGAGAAUUGGUCGUGCGAAUAAUGUGAUUCAUUAAACAGUGAUGUCCCUUUCCUUUUCUCAAACCUCUGGUUGAAUCAAGAUAGGAUAAUUUGUUAUCAGAGCAAUACUCUCCCCUGGUCUGUACAUUUUGAAGAUACAUUGUUUCGUCACCAAGUUUGUUGAUGAUAA